CAAGAAAGCAGGUCUGCUUCGUUGCGGGAAGAGCUGCAGACUUAGAUGGAUGAACUAUCUCCGACCUGAUAUCAAGAGAGGAAACAUUGGUCCGGAAGAAGAAGAUCUCAUAAUUCGUCUUCAUUGUCUCCUCGGAAACCGUUGGUCCCUCAUCGCAGGACGCCUCCCCGGUCGCACAGAUAAUGAAAUCAAGAACUACUGGAAUAGCCACCUCAGUAAGAAACUCAAGAAGCAAGGCUUCAUCAUAAGAGAAUGUACACCAAGACCUAAACGAUCAGGUGCACCUAGCUAUCAUAAGAAAAUAAAGUGCACCAACAACAAAUUUGCUGAGAACAUACAAAACAAUGAUGCGGAUGAAUGUAACAAAAUAUAUGCACCCAAGCCUACAAGGCUUAAGCCGUGCUGGUCAGUGAUGGAGAAAAGUGAGAGCACGAUAGGAGAGUGUAAGAAGGGAACAUCAGAUGCGAGCAGUGGAACUAAUGAUGUGGAUUGGGCAUCAUGGACGCAUGAAGAUCAUGUAGAGGAAUUUGAUCAAACGGCUGGUUUGUUUGAAGGUCCUUAUUUGGAUUUUGCUUCUGAUUUUUCCAUGCCAAAUAUUGAAUCACUUGAUAGAUUAUUUAAUGAGUACUCACAGCUCCUGCAGUUGGAGGUUGAUGUGUAGAUG